CGGAAAGGAAAAUAACAAAAACGGGAACUCAGAAAAAUGUAAGCCGUCGUCAAUGACGCCUCUCCUCCUCCGUCAGUUCGUGAAACGGCGGCUUCUGUUGUCGGCGGCCGUCUUAUCACCCAGAGAUUUCUCUACAGCAGGCCUCGCCCCCACUGCCGCGGCCGCCGGUGGCACCACUAAGGACGAGUACUUCGCGGCGGUGCAACGCGUCUGCAACAUUGUCCGGCACGACUUCUACCAGGAGCGCACCCUCCAGCGGCUAGCGAUCAGGCCCAACCCCGAGCUCGUCUACCGCGUCCUCCGCGCCUGCUCUCGCUCCGGCGUCGAGUCUCUCCGCUUCUUCAAUUGGGCUCACUCCCAGCCCGGUUACGAUCCGACCACCACCGAGUACGAACAGCUCAUCCGCACUCUCGGCAACACCCGCCAAUGGGACCACAUGUGGAAGGUCGCCGAGCGGAUGCGCUCCGCCGGCCUCCCUAUCUCCUCUGACACCCUCUCCAGCGUCAUCUCCUCCUAUGGCGACGCUGGCCUUGUCGACCGCGCCGUGGACGUUUUCAACCGCAUGCCCCGCCUCGGCUGUCUCCAUACCGUCACUACGUACAACGCUCUCCUCUCCGCUCUCUGCCGCGGCCGGAACUUCCGCGGUGCCUACUCCCUCGUCCGCCGGAUGGUCCGCCGCGGCGUCCCGCCGGACAAGGCGACUUUCGGCAUCCUGGUGAACGCUUGGUGCGCCGAGGGGAAGUUCCGGGAGGCCUUAGGAUUUCUGGAGGAGAUGGCUGCGAGGGGGUUCCGGCCGCCGGUCCGUGGCCGGGAUCUCCUCGUCGAGGGUCUGCUCAACGCCGGGUUCCUCGAGACAGCGAAGGGCCUCGUCCGGCGGAUGACGAAAGAGGGAGUCGCACCGGACCUGCAGACCCUCAAUUUGCUGCUGGAGUCACUCUGCAACGCAGGCGAGGUCGGGUUCAGCGUCGACCUUCUGGGAUCAGUGGAGGCUGUUGGCCUCCAACCAGACCUCGAGACGUAUAAGAUCAUUGUCCCCGCCGCGGCGCGGACGGGCAGGGUGGAGGAAGCGUUUAGAGUUCUGAACAGGGCAAUGGAAGUCGGGCACCGGCCGUUUCCUGGACUGUAUGCACCAGUGAUCAAGGCGCUGUGCAAGCAGGGGAGAUUCGACGAUGCGUUUGCCUUCUUCAAUGAUAUGAAGGCGGAGGGGCAUCCGCCGAACCGACCGGUUUACACAAUGCUGGUUCGGAUGUGUUGCCGGGGAGGGAGGAUCCUGGAGGCAGCAAAUUUUCUGUUUGAAAUGGUUGAGAGGGGGUUGUCGCCGCGUGGACAGAGCUUCGAAGCAGUACUCGAUGGGUUGAGGAAUCGCGGAAGCUAUGAUCUUGCAAAGAGAGUUGAGCAGUUGGAGGUCUCCCUUUGAUUCAAUGUGAAUCACGGAUCGCUCUUUCUUUGCAGAUUUUGCAUUUCUCUGCUAAGAUGUCUUGAUAGAUGGAGAUUGCUGGAACUUUACCUGAGACAGGUUCCAUACUUGUCAGAGUUGAAAAUCGCACGGGCGUCUAAGUUCUUACCUCAAUCCUUGUGGAUUCCUAGUGGUGGACGAUUGGCCAAGACCAACAUAUGCCUGGUCACAUUUGUGCCAGCUUUGAGACUGCGGCAGACUGUGUGCACAAAUGGUGAUCCUUUGGUAGUGGAUUCUGGGGCAAACCCACUUCAACAAAGUUGCGACGUGUCAUUGUGUACUUACUCAAGAAAUCCAUGGGGCAACCUCUGCAUCACAGCUCAUUUCCAUCACAGCGGUAGUUUCCCAGUCAUCAAGAGCCAACUGUUUCAACUUGGGGAGAUUGAUUCAGGCUGGUGGAUCCUGAUGAAUCUAAUUAAGCAUUCACUCAUUUAGUUAUUUUUUAUUAAGAGAUCCAAAUCUAUUUUGUGCUUAGAGACCUUAUUUAAGGGUCAUGUUCUUUUUUCUUGUGAUUAUUCCUUUAUUUUGAUUAAUGAGAACUAGCCCUUAUUUCAGCUUCCUAUUGUUUUCUAUGUUUGUUGCUUUCAUUCUUUGAUUUUGUUUACUUUCAUUGCGUUCUUCCGUGGGGUUUAGAGCAUGAAUCUCAAAAUUACUGUGUCGAGAACUUUAUUGCAAAGAGAGAUAGUUGGAAGUUGUCAGUACUACUAUCCCCCAAUACUUUGGGAAUCUGAACAAUAUGAGUUCUGUCAAUCUUUUGUGCUAGCUUGCCUUUUGUAGAAAAGGUCUCCAAUGAAAGAGAUAAUAUCAUCUUUAGUUAUCUCCUAGUUGUCUUGAUAAAAUCUAUUAGGAAAGUUGUGUGGCCCGGGAGCAGAAUCUCUAUCAACUUCCAUAACUGCCAUUAAAGUUCCUCCUUUGAAUUGGGACACAGCAGUUAGUUAUUCUCUUCUCUUGAAACCUUUUAACCGAUUGUCAUGCCAAUAGAGGGAGCACCAUAUUCAUUGCCCUUGUCCAAGAGCUUGCUGAAAUAUUUAGUGAAGGCAUUCAUUAUCUUCACUUCUCUUUCCACUUUUCUGAUUCUUAACCAUGACAGCAGCAACUUCGUUUCCUUUCCUACAGGUUUUUACUGCCUCAUGAAAGAACUUACCAUUGGUACCUCCUUCCUGCGGCUACCUAAUUCUAGAUUUUUGUUGCCAAACUGUUCCCCAUCCUUGGCAAUUUUUCCAGCUGCAUUUCGUCUCCAGUUGGAUUGCUUCCAUGUUGCCUCUCUCUGCUUCUGGCUGAAAACUCAUAAUUUUGUUCCUUGCAAUUCCUGAUCUGGCGUUGAGAGCCCUUAGAGUAUCCUUUUUUCAUUGGCUGAGCUGGGCUGUCAUCAAAUUAAGCUUUUUUAGAAGCCUUAACAUUGGGCAUCCUGAAAUCUCCUCUUUCCAGCAUGGACCAACAAUGGAUAUGCAAUCUGUAUUCUCUAUCCAGAAAUUAUAAAAACGAAAGCAAGGUUUGCCAUGAGUCCAUAUUUGACCUUUGUUAGCAGACAGCAAUAGGGGAUCAUGGUCCGAGUUGGAUCUAGGCAAAAGAGUCAGUUCAUUAUUUUGAUACGUGUCCUCUAUCCAAGAAUGAGACACAAAAGAUUGAUUAAUCUUACUCAUGACGUUGUCUACUUCAUGCAAUGAACUUGAAAAAUGCAGAUACAUGUACAUUUCUUUAGUUUGCUUAUCUGCAGCUGUGAGGCCAUUGUUCUACCUUGUUUCUCAAGUUAUGUUCCAACUGUU